CCGCAACCACAGCCACAACCGUACGCCGCAAACCCAUAUCAACCGCAGCAAUAUUAUUACCCCCCGCCUCCCCUCCCGUCGGGCUAUAAUCCAUACGCAAUGCAGACGCAGCAACAGAUGCCUUAUCAGCAAAUGAACCCACAGUAUCCGAUGCAACAGCCAGGCUAUGGAUAUCCCAAUCAACCAGCCAAUCCUGGUUACGCCCAAUACCCUUACCCUCCCAAUCAGUGAACGAUUCACUUCGAGGUUUCUCUAAUUGUAAUAAUUAAUUAAAAGUAUAUUUUUUAAAAUUAAAGGUUUUAUUAAACAAAAUUUAAAUUAAUUUGUUAUACAUAUGAGUGAUAAAUGAAAUGAUUAAAUAAGCAAUUCUGCAAA